AUGAAGUCCUGGUUCCUCGCCCCUGACUUCACCUUCACUCCCGACGGGACCCUCCAGCUUGGCGCUGUCAUCCCUCAUCCCAGUCGUCCGACUCAGACCCUUGCAUCACCCCGCACCGACGCAAUCACGCUUCCCGAAGUGCAGACUCUGAUCGAGACGAACCAUUCUCACUCGAAUGAUGUCACGCGAACAGCUGGUGUCGAUCUCUUUGCCAAAUUUGUAGAGCUUGCUUCUGUUUCUAUUGGCUAUGAGACUAGUCGGCGCAAUGCGCUAGCGUAUGGAGCUGUAGAUCAUGAAGUCCGAUCUCUAGCUGCGCCGUUUACGAAGGAGUUUCUACAAAGUAUCGUGAACACAGAGGCUGUCAAGGAGCAUAUUGACUCUGGCUUUCUUGGAAAGCGGACCGUUUACAUCGUAUCCGGACUUCGAGUCGCUACCUCUUCUUUUACAGUCACAAAAGAGAAGGGCGUUGGACAUAAUACCUCACUGUCAGCUUCAGGCCCCGCGGGAACCGUGCCAGUCGAAGUUGGCGGCGGUAUUUCAGGCGGAAAAGAAAGCUCAAAGACUGAUUCCUACGAAACUGCUCCCGGUAUCAUUUUUGCUUACCGUCUUCACGCCAUACGUGUUCGUGGCAGCGGCACUGUCGGCUCGGAAAUGUUCGUGAACAAAAAGGCCUUCAUGUCUGGCCGCCCGGGUCCUGAUCCUGAGCCCUUUGAAGUUGUUGAUGUCGACGCUGAAGUGUUGAGAGCUGACAAGGAGGAGGAAGAUGCACCUAAGUAUGAGAUGGAAGGUCUUGGAGAUGAAGAAUACUGUUUGUUUGCGAACGCAUAG